AGAUGUUACAAAGCCACCAGAAACUGAGGGAGACCCGCAUUACCUUCACAUGUACAUUGCACCAAAUAGUUGGCAGGCACAAAAGUGGCACAGUUUAAAUUCUCCUUGGUCCAUCACAUGUUCCCCCUAUAUAUGUAGACCGAAUCACCACUGUCAUUUCAGCCAUUUGUAGCAACUUUCUAUCGGUAGCACAGAAAAACAUGGAACCCACUUCCACAAUGCCCUCCGCCCUUCAGCUAGUUAGGUCCAUUAGUUUGCCCACCAGAAUACAUCCAUCAUCCCAGAGAGUUCAAGCACUUUUGAACCACUUGAAACCAAGUCAGGAGAGAUCUAUUUCAAGCAAUUUGGAAGCAGAGACGAUUCAGAUUCAUCUAUUUGUUCUUGCAGAAUUGUACAGUUGCAUGGAGGAACUCCUCCAAUCUUCCCAAACCCAACAAGCUCUUCUGAAAUACCAACAAGGGAAAAUGGUAGAAGAGGCACUGUGUGGGUCAGUCACAUUGUUAGAUGCGUGUGGGGCUGCAAGGGAGUUAUUAUUGGGUCUCCGGGAACAUUUACAAACGCUUCAGUCUGCUCUAAGGAGAAGACAGGGGGAUUCUACUGUUGAAGGCAGCAUAUCUGCUUAUGCGAGCUUCAGGAAGAAGGCAAAGAAGGAGAUUGCGAAACAACUCGGAGCAUUGAAGCGAAUGGAGAUCAAAGUUAGACCCUUUUUUGUGAUGGGUCAAGACCAGAAUCUGAUAUGUCUGGCUCGAGUUCUGAAAGAAGCAAGCACCGUCACCAUAUCUGUAUUGCGUUCUCUUCUCCUGUUCUUGUCGACACCGAGGCUAAAAACGAAAGGAUCCUCCUUGAUCUCAAAGUUAAAGCCCACCAGACUAUUUUCAUCGGAGAAGGAACCGACAGAAGCGAAUGUAGCGGCCCUGUGUUCCCUCGUUGGAAAAGGAAGAAACAGCGAAGCACAAAGGGUUUUGGAGGCAUUGAUUGCUACCAUGAGUGGUAUUGAGGGCGGAUUGGAUUGCACGUAUAGACGUCUAGUAAAACACAGAGUGUGUUUUCUGAAUAUGCCGUCUCAUUAAAUCAAAGAGACGGGGAUUCUUAUAUCAAUGCCUUGUAAAACUUAGGGAGUGAUCAUGCAGUCCGAAUUUUAGAAGGAUUUUGGUCCCUCAUAAAUCAAUCCAUGUUUUGAGAGCAUUUGACCGAAUGUUCCAACAUGAAGAGUUCAGUUUUGUUCUUCUUUUUCUCAAUUAAUUAUGGUUGAAAAUUGACAAUCAAAGACCAGUGAUUUCACUUAGGCCA